AUGAUCGUUGCCGUUGUGCUGUUACUUCUGGCAAGCUUGUGGGUGCUAGCUGAUGCUGCUAACAUUCUUUGCCUAACGCCAGUCCCCAGCCCUAGCCAUCACAUAUGGAAUCGCGUCUGGAUCGAGGCACUAGCCGCAAGAGGGCACAAUUUAACGGUGGUAUCAGCGGAUGUCGAAAGCAAACCAACACCAAACAUCACCUACAUUCACCUAGAACAUGCCUACUCGGAACUGCACAACGAUCUCGAUCUGUUUCAAAUGGCAAGCCAUGAUCCGCUGACAGGAAUCAAAGAUCUGUACACCUGGGGAACGUCUAUGUGCAAAGGAGUGCUACGUUCGAAGGGUCUCGAUGUGAUCGAAUCCUAUCCGGACGCGUUCCGGUUCGAUCUCGUCAUUGCGGACAUCACCUGUGGACCGUGUCUGUUCCCGCUGAUACACAAGUUCCGCUAUCCGCCGCUGAUCGGUGUGACGGCGUACAACAAUCCACAGUUUACGACGGAUUUCGUUGGUGGACACAAACACUACGCGUACGUACCAUUCUUUACCCUGAACUACGAUUCGGACAUGAGCUUCCUGCAGCGGUUCUACAACUGGGUGCUGCACAAUGUCGAUCAUAUCUAUCGCCAUCACAUCUUUCUGCCAAGAAUUGAGCACCUGGUGCGGAAUCAUUUCCGCUACCGAGGCAUGCCUUCGUUGGGGCAAAUAGAGCGCAAAACCUUUCUGCUGCUAGCAAACUUUCACUACUCGGUAGAUUUUGCGGAAUCUCUUCCACCGAACCAUAUCCCGGUCGGUGGACUACAGGUACUCCCACCGAAAAAGCUACCCAUCGAACUAGCCACAUUUCUAGACGCUGGUCAGAAAGGAUCAGUGCUGUUCUCGCUCGGUACAAAUGUUAGAAGUGCAGAUCUAGGGGAAGAUCGCAUCAGAUCGUUUCUCGAGGUGUUUCGCCAUCUGCGGGAAUAUAAUUUUCUGUGGAAAUUUGAAGAGAUCCCAAAGUUUGAGGUACCCUCAAACGUUCUGAUAAGAAAGUUUGUACCACAAAACGAUAUACUAGCACACCCGAACGUGAAGGCGUUCAUAACGCACGGUGGUAUGCUUAGUACGCAUGAGGCAACAUGGCACGGUGUGCCCAUGGUUGGGAUUCCUUUCAUUUGUGAUCAGUAUCGGAACCUACACAAAUCGGUAACUGCUGGCGUUGCACUUCGACUACAGCAUGAUUCGUUGUCGACGGCCAACAUUGAAGCUGCCCUCCGGGAGAUACUCACCAACACCAGCUAUCGAGCGAGCAUGAGCCACCGUUCGGCAUUGCUUCGCGAUCAACCAGAGCAUCCACUCGAUCGUGCCGUGUGGUGGAUCGAGUGGACCCUACGUCAUCCGAACGUGAGGGCUAUUCAAUCGCCGACGAAGCGAAUGUCAUUCUGGGUGUACGAGCUGUACGAUGUAAAGCUGGCGCUGAUACUACUGCUCGGUCUGGCUGUAUAUUACACUAAGCGACUAUUUGCACGCUUUAACAAACGCUCGUAUCGUAAUGUUCAAACAGGCAAGAAAUCUAACUAG